AUGAAUUUCACUUUAGAGGGAAAACUUAAAAUAGAUUAAUUUCUACAAUUACUCAAAAUUUUCUCUUAUCCUAUUAUUAUAUGUGAUGAUGAAAGUAUUUAACUGAUUUUAACUUAAAGAAAUUCAAUUUUCAGAAAUACCGGAUAAUUUAAAAUUUAAUGAAUUUAAUAAAUCAGAUAAACCUGCUAGCUUUGCAUAAAUAAAUAAUGAUUUCUUUAAUGAAUAUUAAUCAUAAAUUAGAGAAAAUCAUUUAAAAUUUGCAGAAACAAGUUGUCUAAACAUUAAAAUGUAACAAGAUGUUUGUUUAUUAAAUUCUUAAUUGAACUAUGUUUGUUGUUAAAUUCCAAUUGAUAUUAUAUAUAAAGCACUUNAUUUAUCAUAAUCUAAAAAUUCAUUAAAAAAUAUAAUAUAAUCAUAAUUAAAAUUAAAAUUAAUAUUAUUCUAUAAUUAUUAUAAUAGUUUAAUUAAGGAUAUUUGUAAAUUUUAUAGUAUUUUCCAUAUUUCUCAUAAAAAUACAUUAUAAUAUUAAAUUAAAUUAAUAUAAGAAUGA